CGUCGGGUGGUAGAGACGUUCAAGCUGCCAAGCUCUGCAAAAUGCGGUUCCACUUACAACUAUCUAUUAUUUUACUCGGAUUUCUUUUCGUUCUACAAGGGUUCUGUCACACUUUGCCGGAAAAAAAGAUACGAACCACACGUGAUACAAUUAAUAUACCCACUCACUUGUUUAAGCCUGUGGAAGAAAAUCCUGAAAUAAUUAAAGAUAAUUCCUACAGACAGGGCAAUGGAACCAAUGCCGAGAAUGAUAACAACGCAAGUCUUUUAGCGAGAUCUAGCGGAGUUUCAGGAGAAGACCCAAGGCUUUUAGAGAGAUCUAGCGGAGGUGUGGAGACAGUUUCAGGAGAAGAGGAAGAUGAAGGAGAAUUAAUCCCCAAUUUACCCCAGCAAUACUUCCCCCCAAAUUUGCGAUCGAACAGCAGAUUUCCAAAUCAAGACUUUCGCUCAAGACCCAGCAUUGAUGUUGAUCCUAGAGUUCAAUUUUCUUCGCGUCCCGUUUUCGGUGAUAAUUCCUGGCCUCCGAACACUGAGUUACCCAGACCCAGAAUACCUAAUAACCAGUUUCGCCCUCCAAUCCGAAGUUCCUUAACUCCCUUUAUUGCUGGGGGCCAAAAUGAAGAUCCUUCCGCUACAGCGCGCGAUGGCUUCAUCCGGGCUUUCAACAAUGCGCAAGGAAGAACUUUUUACCAACCAAACAAUCCCAUGAGAGGUCCUUCUUUCCUGAAUGGCUCUGGAGAAAGCCCUUUUCCCUCGCCGAUGGGUCCUUCGAGCUCCUCGAAUAACUUUUUCCGCUCGGAGUCUUAUAGUUACACCUCAGAUGGCCACGGACCACCGCAAGUCGAGACAAGUGUAUAUGAUUCAAGGAAUGGCAAUGGCUUUGGAUCGUCAGUGAGACGUAACUUUUAGACUUUGCAUAUAAUUUCAACGCAUCUGCUAGAAUCAUCGGUACCUAGUAUGCACAUGUAUAUUUAUUACUUUAUAAUAAAAUCCAUUGCUAUUCGAAA